AUGCAGCAUUCCGAUAGCACCUAUCUUGCACGAUUGGCCCUCCCAUACUCACCAUCAACAGAGAUAAGAUGGUAUUACCAGGAGAGGACUAGAGACCAUGUUGUGAAAGUGGAGACGAAGCUUAUAGAUCUGGCAGAGGAGUUUGAUGAAGCUAAGAGGAGGCUUAAGGUGUCUCAAAGGGAAGCGAAAGCUUUGGCUAAGGAAAACGAUAGGCUCACUAAGAUGGUAGCUCAAAUGCAUGCAGCGAUAGUAGAGUCUCGAGCUAUGCUAGAAUCUUCUGAACGACGUGCUACAGCGGCUGAGGGUUUAGUGGCAAAGCUUGCUGUAGACAAGUCCGGUGGUGAGAGGCAAGCCUCAGAUGGCGUGUUGAGAUCUGUAGAUGAGCAAAAGUCUAAUAUACCCUCACGGUUUGACCAGACAUCGGGGGACUCACAGAUGGGAGUGAACAACGAGAUUGAUAGCGGGCAUCCUAGCGGUACGACCGAUCUCGAGGAGCCAAGUGGAGGCAGCACGAUAGCCAAACUCAUAUGUGAAUUACGAGAACUCGAGAGUGAAGCACGUUCACUAUUGGCCAGUCAAGAAUUGGAUGUCUCAGAGCUCGCCGCUCAGCAACAGCAACAGCAGCAGCACAAGGUUAAUUAA